CGAUCUGGACAGAGAAUUCAAUAUGCCAAAACAAAGUCAGAUGUGGUUGCCAAGGCGGAUGGUACAUUUGUUCCUCGCGAGAAGAGAAAAAGACAUGAGGAGAGAGCAGGAGGCAAGAAAAAGAAAGACCAGCACCAUGAUUCCGCACAGAUGGGCAUGGCCAACUCAGCCUAUCCAAGUGUCUAUGGAACUGCACCUCCUCUUUCGCAAGUACCAUACCCUGCUGGUGUUAAACCCAUUCUCCCCGAGGCACCAGCUCCGCCAAAUAACAUCCUCUUUGUCCAAAACCUUCCUCACGACACAACUCCAAUGAUGAUUCAGAUGUUCUUCUGCCAGUACCCAGGGUUUAAGGAGGUUAGGAUGGUUGAAGCCAAACCGGGAAUCGCCUUUGUGGAGUAUGCAGAUGAGAUGCAGUCAACGGUCGCAAUGCAGGGACUUCAAGGUUUCAAGAUUCAGCAGGACCCGAUGCUCAUCACGUAUGCUAAGAAAUAGACAAAGUUCGUUUGAUCUCUGGUUUCAAUGAGAUGUUUGUAUCUGUCAAUGUACUUCUUCUAUGGUUUGUGCAAGAAGGAGAAUUGUUUUUGUUGUAGAAUAGAUUAUUACAAUCGUCUAACUUAAUAGUUUUUUUUUCUUUUUCAUCUAAACAAAUAAGCAUCUUGAUUCGGUGUUUGUCUAGC